UUGGAUGGAUGAAACUGUAUAUUGUAGUAGGGCCUUUACAGUAUAUAUGCAAGACUGAAACCACUUAUUCAGCACACAGUUGCUCCCCUGUAUUUCCCUGAACCGCCAUGCGGAGAGACGACUGUCAUCUUCAAAGUUCAACCAAUCACAGGAGUCGAAAUGCCACAUGGGCAUGUGCUUCUGCUUCAGAGAAGGGAAUUCUGAGGGUACAUCUGUUUAACAUGAUGUCCAGAGAACCAAUUUUUAAUGACCACAGACAGGCAAACAUGAGAAUAAAAUAUUGACACAUAAGGGAGAUACCCUGAUAUUACCAUCUGGUGGGGGGAUGUCUGCGAAAAUAUGGAACAAAUAGCAUUAUUUCAUUUCUGGAUAUGUGACGACUAUGAGACUGGUGACUCCAGCCACAUCCCCUCCUGGCAAAUACCCGCGUAACCCCAUCAGCUCUGCCCACUGCUGUUCUGCCUCCUACACUGCAUGAACCAUUAGGUUCUUCCUAAUCAUCCCAAACCUUAAUCCUAAAUAAUUUCUGCUUAAAAUUCAGGAACCGUUUUCCUAACUGCUACGCUAAUGCUACAUAUUUCAAAGUCAAAUCAUUAAAAAAAAAUUUUUUAAAAAAGCAGAACAAAUAAAUGCUGUGGUUUGUGGCAAUGCAGUGAUGCAGUGUACUAUGGCAGUGAUAGAAACAGUUAAGUACCACAGAAAAGCUUGCCGCUGACUGCAGACCUACAUAGACCUCGUCACUAAGGUUCUGAAGGCUGUUGGCUGAUUUUGACUGUGUUCUAUUAUAGUGUCAGUGAAUAAAAGACCUACCCUGCAGUUUACAGGCACCUUUUCAACCUUCAUUUAAAGGUAUGUUUCUCCCUUCAUUCUAUUUCAAUAUAUGAAACUUGCAUUUUGUGUUAAGCCAUAGGAUACUGGCCAUAGGUGGACUGUGCCUCUGCUGACCACAGGGUCAGAACAGCAAUUUUCUGCUAUGGACAUAGCGUAAUAGAGCUCCAAUUAAAUAGUUUUACAACCAUCACUAGAAAGCUGUUGCGGUCACACAUUUUUAGAAACAUUUUGUUCAGCAGUACAUCAAACAGUGGCACUCUUAAUAAACCUUUGCGGGUGGGUUACGAUUUUAUGCACCACGUUUUGCAGUUACGGUGACUAUGGGGCAGAUAAAAUAGACAUUUUAGCUGUACACCUGUGCUUUCAACUGGAUCCAUAAAAGCAUGGAAAUUUCUUUAUGUGCUAAAUCUGGACACCAUCUUCGCUGUUUGGUCGUUGUUCAGGGUCUUAAUAUGAAGCUUUUGCUGUAUUACAAAUAUUCACAAAAGCGUGAUCAGCUCGGGAACGUGGGAGUCUUUGGAACCAUUGUGUCAAAUGGCUGGUUGGGAGGAGCCAAGUUCUCUGGGUUCCUCAUUUUAUUCCUGGAUGUUCCGCCGUCCUCGGAAUUUGGUUCAUUUGACCAAAUCUGAAGCUGGCCUUCGCAGCCGUUCCAUGUUUUGGUUCUCUCCAACCACCUGCACACCAGACCAGUCACCUGAAGGCUCCAUAAUCGGCAAGCAGAAGCAGGAGCGCCAAAAACACACAUUGGGCUUAUGAACUAGACGGUCAGCUGUUGAAAACCCAGCGCCGCUCACACUGCUGUUCAACCCUUGCCUUUCCAAAACAGAUCCAAACAGGCCAGCAUGGAUUCCCAGGCAGAGAUCUACCUUGAGAAGCAAACACACUUGUCCUUCUGCAUGAAGAUGAUAAGGGAGGACGAGGCGAAGACUGUCUGUGAGGAGGAUGUCGUCAGAGACGGCUGCUGCUGCGUAACGGGGGCUGAACGCGCUCCCAUCAACCACGUGGCUGUGGCAAAGCCUAGCAACACCACUUUCAGAAUAUGUAAUUUUAGCAAUGAGAAGAUGAAGGACAACAUAGCAAUACUGAACCUGAAACAUGACAAGUAUAUCAGGCGUUCCGGCAACGUGGCCUCGAUGGAUCCUUGUUCUGUCGUUAAAUCAGCAAGCAUAACGAUAUUCUACUACAAGACAACCCUUAUUGAGGAGCCCUUCCGCGGGGUCCCGGUGGUGCUUAAUUUCACCGACACUGACUCCUUCCUGCGCUGCCAGAAGAGCGGUGACGAGGUGUCUGUCAGCGUGGAGGAGUUUGAAAAGCAAAGGCUGCAGCGUUUCUCCAGCCGGGAUGAAGACGCAUUCUCCUUCGUUUUCUACAUGAGGGCCGCCCAGGACAAGGCGCGUCGUUUCGAGUCUGCGGUUCACAGCGGCUGGUUUAUGAAGGCAGUGGACGAGACCGUAGGCAUGGGCCCCCUGUCCCCGGAGAGCGAGUCCUCCUAUUUUAUGUUUCAUGAGCAGUGAAGCCAGUCCUCCCCUCCAUAAAGUUAUACCUUUAAAAUGUGCGCUUGGCAAAUCGUAUAUGCGUUUUUAUAAUGGUGUUUCCGUGAUCUGCUCCGUCUAUUUAUUAUUAAAGUAUUUAUUCCACCUUUUAGAGAACUGCCUUCGACGUGUUUUACACGGACAUAUUAA